AUGGGCCUUCUCUCGCUCGGCACGCCGCUCGACUGGCCCGAGGCGCAGGCGCUGGCGGAGCAUGUGCGCGAGCACGGCAUCACCCAGUUCCUCAACCUCUGGGCCAAGAUCAAGGACCGCCGCGGCGACGGCCUGCUCUGGGGCGACGAGAUCGAGUACAUCGUCGUCGCCUUCGACGACGGCGCCCACGACGCGCGCCUCUCGCUGCGCCAGGCCGAGAUCCUCGGCGUGCUGGCGCAGAGCGACGCCGAGACGCGCGCCGCACUGCCCGCCGGACGUGCCGCCGACAUCCCCACGUUCCACCCCGAGUACGGGCGCUUCAUGCUCGAGAGCACGCCGGGCGCGCCGUACGGCGUGGCGCCGCGCCAGCUGUGCCUCGUCGAGGCCAACAUGCGCCUGCGCCGCCGCAUCGCGCGCAAGCACCUGCUGCCGCACGAGCUGCCCGUCACGCUCACCUCCUUCCCGCGCCUCGGCGUCACCGAUGCGCCCUUCACCGAGCCGCCGCUCGAGGCGCGCGGCAACGCCAGCCGCAGUCUCUUCCUACCCGACGAGGUCAUCAACCCGCACGCGCGCUUCCCGACGCUGACGGCCAACAUCCGCAAGCGCCGCGGCGCAAAGGUCGCCAUCAACAUGCCCAUCUUCCACGACACGAACACGCCGCGGCCGUUCAUCGACCCGAGCAUCCCGCGCGGCCGCGACUGGUUCCCCGAGGACGCCGAGGCGGCCGCCGGCGCCGCGCUGCCGGACCACAUCUACAUGGACGCCAUGGGCUUUGGCAUGGGCUGCUGCUGCCUGCAGACGACGUUCCAGGCGUGCAGCGUGCAGGAGGCGCGGACGGUGUACGACCAGCUGAUCCCCGUCGGCCCGCUCAUGCUGGCUCUGACGGCGGCCAGCCCGGCGUACCGCGGCUACCUGGCGGACGUCGACUGCCGCUGGAACGUCAUCUCGGCGGCGGUGGACGACCGCACCAAGGAGGAGCGCGGCCUGGAGCCGCUGAAGCACAGCCGCAUGGUGAUGCCCAAGAGCCGCUACGACUCGGUCGACAGCUACAUCGCGCAGGACCCGGCGAACCGGCCAGAGUACAACGACAACCCGCUGCCCGUCGACGAGAAGGUGCAGGCGCGGCUCGAGGCGGCCGGCAUUGACCGGCUGCUGGCGCAGCACCUGGCGCACCUCUUCAUCCGCGACCCGCUCGUCAUCUUCUCCGAGAUGGUCGACCUCGACGACGAGCAGUCGAUGGACCACUUUGAGAACAUCCAGAGCACCAACUGGCAGACGAUGCGCUUCAAGCCGCCGCCGCCGGGCGGGCAGAUUGGCUGGCGCGUCGAGUUCCGCAGUAUGGAGGUGCAGAUCACCGACUUUGAGAACGCGGCCUUCUCGGUCUUCAUUGUGCUCCUCACGCGCGCGAUUCUGAGCUUCCACCUCAACUUCUACAUGCCGAUCUCCAAGGUCGACGAGAACAUGGCGCGCGCGCAUGUCCGCGACGCCGUGCACACGCAGAAGUACUUCUUCCGCAAGGACGUGCUGCGCGCCCGGCCACGGCAUCAUGCGCGCGACGUCUCGGCGGGCGGGCGGGGCGUGCGCUCGGGCACGCCGCGCGGCUCACGGGCCUCGAGCCCAACGCGCGGCACCUCGGCCGUGCGCGGCACCGCCAGUCCGGCGCCCAGCCGCACGACCAGCCGCGCGCCGAGCCCCGAGCUCGGGCCCGUGGAGGACGAGUACGCCGAGUUCACGAUGAACGAGCUCAUCAACGGCAAGGGCGCCGAGUUCCCGGGUCUCAUCGGGCUCGUAUACAGCUACCUCGACUCGCUCAACAUCGACGUCGAGACGCGCUGCGAGAUGGCGCUCUACCUCGACCUCGUCUCGAAGCGCGCGUCUGGCGAGCUCAUGACGACGGCGACGUGGAUCCGCAACUUUGUGCGCUCGCACCCGGCGUACAAGUUCGACUCGGUCGUCAGCGCCGAGAUCAACUACGAUAUGAUCAAGAAGCUCGACCGCAUCGAGCGGGGAGAGGAGGACGCGCCAGGGUUCCUGGUGAGUCUGGCGCACGAGCGCGCGCUCGACCUCUGCUGA